AAGACAAACGGGAUAUAAACUGGGUUGUGCCCCAUGCCUAAUUACUAUUCGGACAUGAACAACAGUCCCCGGAGACGUUGCAGUCCCUUCGAAACAUAAUAACAAACCAUCAGUUCUGAAUCUGAGAAACACGGAGAAUGACAGACAGUGGUUGUUUUUGAUUGUAGGCUAUGGGUACUUGCACUGCAUGCUCACUCUUCAGCAAUACGGAACUCUUAGACGUGAUGGAAGCAUGGAGGAACUUGUCAUAGGCCGACAGGCUCAUUGUCAAGAGCGAUGGACAGUGGAAACGGAGGUGGCACAGGGGAGGACCUCUCUUCUGCACUGGGGGUCAGCAUUUUAAGUAGCCAUGGAAGCCAUGUUUCUGCCCCAGUGCUGUCAAACAACAGUGUGCAAGGAGAUAUUAACAUAUCGUACAACUGCUCUGGUGCUGAUUACUCUGCUCCCGCUGCAAAAUCUAAACCUCACACAGAUGCCAAGUCUGUUAUCCUGGUCUACAAGGAGUCCAUUCUCCCUGAGUAUCGAACAGUGCAGGAGUAUAACUCUCUUGCUGGUCAAGAUGUACUCCUAGUGGAUCGCUACACUCAGCUGCUAAUGGUAGAGAAGCACCGACGACAGAAAGACAGGGUGGAGGAGAUCAGUGCCAGAGGAGAGACCCUCCAUCAGGUCCUCACCACCAGAGACAGUGAAGCAUACCAGAGGAUCAGUGUGGACCAGUUCUUCAGCCCCAUGGGCAAUGGGGAGAUCCCAAGGGCCGUCCUUCUGCAGGGACACUCGGGAAUGGGCAAGACCUUCACUGCCCAGAAGAUCAUGCAUGACUGGAUGUCGGGGACUCUUUUUGCUAGCACCUUCGAUGCCGUGUUUCACCUGAAGUGUAAGGAGCUCAACCUCUGUACGCAGGAGAAGAGCCUGAUGGAGCUCCUCAAGCUGGAGUCGAGUUUUCAACCAGCCAUGGAGGAAGUGCUCACCAAAUCCCCCCAGAGGGUCCUCUUCCUGAUCGAUGGCUUUGAUGAACUCAGAUUCUCCCUGGAUAUUCCCAGAUUGUUACUUCCCAGCGAUUCCUUCACCAGGGCUCCAGUUGAGACCACCUUGAGUGCUCUGCUGCAGGGACACAUCCUGUCCAAAUCCUCCCUGCUGGUCACCUCCAGGUCCACUGCCUCAGACAGACUAAGCAAGCUGCUGAAACGGCCUCAGCGUUAUACAGAGAUCCUGGGCUUCUCUGAGGAGGGGGUACAGGAGUACUUCCAGAGGUUCUUUAAGGAUGAAAAGCUCUUCUCUCAGGCUUACAACUGUGUAAGAUCAAAUGAAUCUCUCUUUGCGGCCUGCUUUGUCCCCAUCAUCUGCUGGAUUGUUUGUACAGUUUUGAAGGAGCAUUUUGAAGAGGGAACAGAUGAUCAUAUGGAGCUGACUACAACCACUUCUGUGUUUGUGCACUUUGUGUCCACUCUGCUGGAGCAUCACUGCCAGGGUUUGGGUCAGCCUGUCCCCACUCUGCUGAGAAGCCUGGGUCAGCUAGCAGAGAGAGGGAUACUGGAGCAACAGGUUCUCUUUGAAAAGAUGCAGGUUCUGGAGACGGUUUCAGAUCCAGCCAGUGUUCCCUUCCUGUGCAAAUUCCUGCUGAAGAAGAAUGUUGGAAAGAAAACCAUGUUCAGUUUUAUGCAUCUCAGCUUCCAAGAGUUUUUCACAGCUCUUUUCUACGCCACGACAGAUGAAGAGGAGGGUCGGAGAAAAGUAGAGAACCUGCUCCAAAGAGUAGCUAGUGGUCAUCACCACCUCCUUCCGGUCAUUUGGUUUCUGUUUGGCCUCUCAAAUAAAGAGUUGGGCAGCACACUGACCGAGACUCUUGUUCUCUCAGUCUCUCCUACCAUGCAUACCCAGCUUGAAGAGUGGUUUCUUAGAUUUAACAGUGAAAUUGCUGAAAACCAUAACAUGGUUGAUGGAUAUUCCUUAUCUCAGGAAAGAAGUAUUGAUAUUUUCAACUGUUUGUAUGAGCGUCAUGAGGAAGUGUUGGCAAGGAAAGCCAUGGAGUUAUGGGAAAGUUUUCGACCUUACGAUAUUGCCCUCAGCAAAACCGACUGUUGGGUGCUGCGGUACUGCUUUCAGUACUGUCCAGAAAUCAGAUGUCUGCAUCUCACCGACUGUAACAUAACAGCAGAGAAGCUGAGGAUGCUGAAACCAGUGUUAAGCAGGUGUAAGGAGCUGAGAUUACAAGUGGUUGAUCUCUCUGAUGAUGAUGUUAAAGAUUUGAUCCCCUGUCUAGGGGAAGGGAAAGCCCUCAGGCAGCUACAUUUAGGGAAGAGCACCAACCCUUGGGAAGAUGACCCACCAGCUAUUGCAAGGUUGAUAAAAAGCAAACUCGAAGACGAGGGUGUUCGAAAGAUUCUGGACAGUCUUUACAAGCAGUCAUCUUUGGGUUCCUUACAGCUUGAAGCAUUGUCCGUCACACUGAGCACUGUGGAAGUCCUCUUUGAUCUUUUCCAGAAGAAAGCGUUUGAAAACAGUGUGAGUUUUGAGGCAGUCCAACUGACUGACGCUGAAGAUGCUUAUCUAAGGGUUUUCCUGCUCAAGAUCCAGAAAGAUUUGUGGCCCGAAGAUUCUGAUUGUGCAAUGUAAGUCCCACCACCGUCUAACAUCAUCCAUGUGCAUAUUUUGCACAGUAAUCUUGAUGCCAUUUA